CUUUGAAAGCUGAAAAACGUCUUUUCUGUCGGUCACUAUCCGAGUACUCUGAAGUAUGUUGAUUUCCAUUUCGUGUUCUUAGGGACUGUGAGACGCUAAGAAUAGUGUACCAGAUGCAGAAUUUAAUUCUCUAUCCAAUCGAGUCAUUUCCGAUCUCUGUUCUUGGUCAAGAAAUGUAUUUAAAAGCUGAAAAACGUCUUUUCUGUCGAUCACUAUCCGAGUACUUUGAAGUAAUUUGAUUUCCAUUUGGUGUUCUUAGGGACUGUGAGACGCUAAGAAUAGUGUACCAGAUGCAGAAUUUAAUUCUCUAUCCAAUCGAGUCAUUUCCGACCUCUGUUCUUGGUCAAGAAAUGUGUUUAAAAGCUGAACAGAGAUUUCCAUUUGGUAUUCUUAGGGACUGUGAGACGCUAAGAAUAGUGUACCAGAUGCAGAAUUUAAUUCUCUAUCCAGUCGAGUCAUUUUCGAUCUCUGUUCUGGGUCAAGAAAUGUGUUUAAAAGCUGAAAAUCAGCCUCAGAAAUCAAGCGAAUUUAAAAGUAUGCGCCUUAGAAUAUAUCGAUGCUGUGAGCCAAAAAUAUCUCAGAUUCUCCUGAGCUGAGUUACAGGUUUUCCAAAAACCUUGGUUUUUGAGGAAAAUUCGAGUUUUCUCUACUUACUAAUAUCAAAACUAAAAACCAAUAACUUUUUUGGAAUCAGAGCAGGACACUGCGUCAAAUUGUAUAUAACAUAUCCAUUCUAAGGCGCAUACUUUUAAAUUCGAUUGAUUUCUGAGGCUGACGUUGAUGAGAAAUAAUCAAAUGCUAAAUAAAUACGGGCUCUAUAAUUUUCGAAUUCAGUUCUUGAUAAACUUUGUCCACAAUAAACAGUUAGUACAUUAUUAUUUUAUCAACAAGAGCUAUUGGCAGUACCUAACGAAAGGCGGAGUUGGAGUGUACAGUUUUACAGUAUGAUGAGGAUUGAAAUGUGAGCUUGCCUUUUGAGUUUGCUGAUAGCGGUUAGUAACUACGUUAGUGUGUUAGUAUCUUUUUAUUUAGUGAUGAAAAUGCUAUAGAAUUACACAAAUACUAUUUAAACAUGAAAAAAUCUUGAAUUCUUUGAAUACCAGCAGUUGUUAGUUGUUUUUGCUAAGACGAAAUGAAACCAAAAAAGGUAUUUAUUGUAUUUAUAAAUUUUUGUUUGUUUUUAGCGCUGUUUUAAUCGAAGAUGUUAAUGAGUUAGAGCUUAUUAACUGGGAGGAUUCUAAAACGAGAAGACCUCAUAAAGAAUGGAAAAACUUUCCACCCGAGACAAAUCCAGCUACGAUCCAAUAUUUGUGUCAAGGAAUUCAGCAGACAUGCACGGGCAACAAUGAACAGUAUGAAAGUUUUGAGGAUUGUGUUGAUUUUAUGACACACAAAAUACCGUAUGGCUCAUCCGAUCGGCUUGAUCAAGACAGUGUUAGUUGUCGAAUACUGCACAUACAACUUGCGGCUCUAGCUCCAGUUGUGCACUGUCCGCAUUGUGGUCCGACGGGGGGAGGAGCAUGUACAAACAAAACAUCACAAUCAUAUUACGAAGUUGAUUAUCUGUCAUGCGCUUAUAAACGGAAAACACAUUGUUCAUAA